AUGGAGGCAUCACCCGGCCCAAUAAAAGGUUCUUCGAGCAUUCCUGGUCCACUCUUGUGGCUUCACAGCUGCCAUGGACUGGAUGCGAGCCAGUUGCAAUCCUUGCCGGUGAACCGCCGGGCUGGGUCUGUUGCGGAAGCCUUCGCACAAGAAGCAGACCGGUCAGAUAGAAUGCUGGGAGUUCAAUGUCACCUCGACGAUGCUACAUUGUAUGUCGAGAUGAGAAAUCACGAGCUAGUUCCAGUGGCGUCGCUGUUCCUUGCUGAGCUCAGCUACUGUGCCCUUGCAAGCGAUUGGGCAGACAUGGCCGUGAUGGCCAUUGUGCCCACGGGGAGCGGCGGAAUCAGCGAGGCGGCCGUGGCGAAGACUGGACAAGGCUGGUUCGUCAUUCUGCAGGGUUUGCGUGUGGCAAUGGAUCUCAUGGACCUGUUGAGUGUUCGAGGUUGCCUGCGCAAUGAUUUGGGCCAAUCCUUUGCCAUGGCCCACGAGGGCGAUUGCACCAUUGGAGAGGGGGCGUAUGCGACGGUCUACCACAUGCAGGCGCGUGAUGGUCGUGCAGUGGCUGUAAAGCAAAUGAACUACACCACCGACUACGAGUCCAUAGCUAGAGAGGUGAGCGCCUUGGUGGAGGUCCAAGGAGACCACAUCAUUGGAUUCAGGGGCAUUUUCUGGUCCAUGGAGCAGGAACACAUUCGCUUUACCGCAAUUUUUGACCUGGCGCCCUGUGGGGACCUUCUCUUCAAGAUCCUGAAAAACGGAGCAAUGACUGAAGCGACUGCUCGGCCGCUCUUUUCAGGAAUUUUGCGUGGAUUGAAGAGGAUCCACGACCAUGAUUUAGUGCAUCGGGACAUCAAGACGGAGAAUAUUUUACUCCAGAAGGGAAACAUCCCGAUGGUCGCCGACUUUGGGCUGGCUUGCAAAGUAUGGGAUGAGCAGCAAAUGGCCCGCAGAUGUGGGUCUGCUGGCUUUGUGGCUCCAGAGGUGUGCCUGGGCACUCCUUACGAUAGCAAGGUGGACAACUUUGGCGCAGGCGUUAUUCUCUUUUUCCUGCUGAGCAAAGAGAUGCCCUUCAGCAGCCCGGACCGGGACUCCGCAGCCACCAUGCGGAAGACCGUGAAGUGCAGCUUGCAUCUUCAGCGUCCGCCGUUCAAUGAGAUGACUAGCCGAUUGAGAAAUAUGCUGCGGCAGCUGAUUUGCAAGAACCAGGAGGAUCGGCUCACGGCUGCGGCAGCCCUAGAGCACUCCUGGAUGACUGGCAAGUCGGACAAGACGAGCGGUUCUUCGAGCAAAAAGAAGGAACAGGUACUGAUGGAGCUUCCCAAACCGGAAGCUAAGAGGUACACAGGUGAAGCUGUCACGCUGCCCCCGCCGCUACCUGCGACGCCAGCGCAGUGCAGGGGAUUCUACUUCGCGGGCGCCGCCAAGGUCUCCCACUGCUGCCGCUGUGUGCAGGAGCUAACUUCUCAGCUGCCCCUCAGCGAAGCACUGAUCUCUCGCCUUCACAAGCCCAUGUCGGUGCGGGUGCGGGUGCGGGGCUACGCGAUAGCCAUGGGCAAGCUUGACGACGAGCAGCCUUUGCAAGCCAUACUGCGGCGCGCGGACGACAGGUUGGCAGAGCUCUGCGGUGACCUUUGCUCGCACGUGGCGCAAGAGUUGCGCUCAGCAACGGAGACGUUGCUGCGGAAGGUCGAUGGGCAUCUUGCUGAUCGCACACCUUCCAAGUUCCAGGACUCAUCACCGCGCCACAGCUCACUCCAAGCCCCUGGCGGGCGCCUGGCGCCUUCGCCUUCGCCUCGCAUGGCGCGCACCGCUUGGGCAGAUGAUGCGUCCGUUGAGCCGAAGCGCAAGCCUGCGCGAAGCCUCACCCGCGCGCUGACGGGUGCACUUUGCACCACCUCGAGGGCACUGCACGAGCUGGAGCUGGAGGGAGAGGAGAUGCCCCGUCGGCUUGAGGGGCGCGGCCUCGUCCCCCCAGGCGCAAGCAAUCGCGUUGUGCCCGUCAGCCGCGAGCCGGUGGGCCAGGCAGAGUCCGAUCAAGGCGAGCGAUCGGGCGGCCUGCACCCCAGUCUGAGCACCAAAGACUUCAAAGGAGCCACGGAGCGGAUCUUUGGGCUCAUGCCGCAGAACAGCGCUGACUUCUCGGUGGUGGGCAUGUCUCCGCUGCAGCUUCGGGUGCGGGUGUGGCUUCAGAGCAGCUGGUUCCAAUGUUUGGUGAUGAGCAUGGUCAUGCUCCACUCUCUCCUCACCGGCUACGUGAUCAACACCAUGUCGACCACGGGCCAGAUGCAACCUGGACCCGUGGUCGAUGCUCUGAACAUCUUCUUUUGCAUCUUCUUCGCGCUGGAGGUUGCGGCGCGGCUCUACGUCUACCGGGUGCGGUUUUUCACCACCUACGGCUGUGCCUGGAAUAUCAUGGACUUUGUGGUGACGCUUUUCCACAUCUUCGAGGAGAUUGCGAACAUCAUCGCUUGGGCCACGGCAAGCAACGAGCUGGAGAUUGCCAGCGGCAGCGUGGUGAGGACAAUCCGCGUCCUGCGUGGCAUCAAGGUCCUGCGGCUGAUCCGUUUCGUGCGCUACGCGGAGGACUUGCAGCUCAUUGUCAGCUGCCUGAUCCUCUCCUUCCGCACUUUCCUUUGGAGCAUUGGACUGCUGGUGAUGACCUUCUACGUCAUGGCCAUCUACGUGACGCAGACGGCCUACAUGCACCGCCGGGAGUUCCCACAGAGCUCUGCCAACGAUGGCCUUGAGAAGUGGUGGGGCUCGAUCUUCGUCAGCAUGCUAUCAGUCCUGCAAGCCCUCAGUGGAGGAGUGGAUUGGAACGACCUGGUGCAGCCUCUCCUGGCCAUCUCCCCCGGCUUCGCGCUGGUCUUCGUCCUCUACAUCGGCUUCUGCUUCUUUGCCCUACUGAACGUCAUUGCCGGGACCUACGUGGAGAAAGUGAGCCGGCAGGCGGCAGACCUCAAAGCGCGGACCCAGAUCCUGAAGGCCAGGAGGGUAUUCCAGGCGAUCGACCAGGAUCAUUCAGGCUACAUUUCUCUGGAGGAGAUCCAAAACCAGACGGCGACCUCUGUGGUCUUGGACUUCUUCGAGUCGGUGGAUGUGGACGCCUCCGAGGCCCAGUACCUGCUGGAGGUGCUCGACAUGGACGGCAGCGGCACCAUUCACUUCGAGGAGUUUCUGCAGGGCACCAUCAGGCUGAACAGCGCAGCGCGAGCGGCCGACCUGCUGCUAGUGGCGCGGGAGAUGAAGAGGUUCUUUCACCAAUCCAACCUUGAGCUGCAAUUGAUCAAGAAGCAGCUGGGCAUGUGA